GUCUUAUGGAAUAAUCAUAUUAUUGAUUAUAUAAAAUGGUCGAUAUAAUGAUACCAUGGGUGAUAUAUAUCAUAUCUUUUCUAACAGGUUUAUGUACAGGCCACUUUAUGGGUCUAAAUAAUGUGACGGCCUGUUACACCAAUUUAGAUGAAUUCUUAGAGUUAAACUGUACAGUAUCGCAACAAAUAGAAGUCCGCGAAUUAUAUUUCGUGACAAAAAAAUCAGAUUCCACGGACUGCAAGCCACCUAUAGCAAAUGCUUCAUUUUUUGAUGGUUGCUGUAGCUAUAGUAACGAUGACUGUGCUGUAGAUGUAUUUACAGCCUCUGGUAAAGAAGACAAGUACAAUUAUAUAUUGCAAUCUUGCACUAGGAGAAAUGGUUGUAAAGAGAAAGUUGGAUGGAUAGCUAGUCAUGGUGCAUGCAAUGCUUCAAUCUAUUUUAGUUAUUCAACAUAUAUGAUGGCCAGAUACGAGUGUAUCGCAGAUGAUCUGAUCAUAGCUAACAGCAGCGACGCGGAAUUAACAAACCAGGUGAUUUAUCUUCAGAAUGGAGAAGGUACAUCACAAGUAGCAUGCACCGUAGAAAGCGCCUGUGGCACUACUGUGGUAAUAACAGCUAUUGAUGUUAAUUUGACAUGCGAUGCCGGUACCAUUAAUUGUAACCAUAACAAUGACUAUAGAAUCAAGGAAAUAUUGGAAAGUUCAGACCAUUUUCUACAGCUAGAAAUUAAUGUCACAGAGGGCCAUAGAUUUUGGAUACAGCUUAAAGCAAAUGAUUCGGUUUCGAAACUUACGGUUAGUUGUGGUGCGAAAAAAAGAAACACUGCACAAAAUUCAUGUGUUGAAUCAACAACAGCAAUAACAACAUCAGACACAGCGACAUCCAAUGUAACACUAGAUACAUAUAAUGUAACAACAACAGAGCCAGCGACAUCCAAUGUAACAACACCAGAGACAGUCACAUCCAAUGUAACACUAGAUACAUAUAAUGUAACAACAACAGAGCCAGCGACAUCUGAUGUUACAGCACCAGCGACAUCCAAUGUAUCAACACCAGUGACAUCCAAUGUAACAACACCAGAGACAAUCAAUGUAACAACGCCAGAUACAUCCAAUGUUACAAGGCCAGAGACAUUCAAUAUAACAACACCAGCGACAUCCAAUGUAACAACAUCAGAGCAAGCGACACCCAAUGUAACAACGCCAAAGACAUACAAUGUAACAACACCAGAGCCCACGACACCCAAUGUAACAACGCCAGCGACAGCGACAUCCAAUGUAACAGCGCCAGAGACUUCCAAUGUAACAACGCCGGAGACAUUCAAUGCUACAAUACCAACAACAUCCAAUGUAACAACACCAGAGACAGUGACAUCCAAUGUAACAACAACAGCAACAUCCAAUGUAACAACGCCAGUGAUAUCAAAUGUAACAACAUCAGAGACAGCUACAUCCAAUAUAACAACACCAGCAACAUCCAAUGUAACAACACCAGUGACAUCCAAUGUAACAACAUCAGAGACAGUGACAUCCAAUGUAACAACAACAGCAACAUCCAAUGUAACAACGCCAAUGAUAUCAAAUGUAACAACAUCAGAGACAGCUACAUCCAAUAUAACAACACCAGCAACAUCCAAUGUAACAACACCAGUGACAUCCAAUGUAACAACAUCAGAAACAGUGACAUCCAAUGUAACAACUUCGGGGAUAGUGACAUACAAUGUAACAACACCUCAACAAGCUAACCAAGAAUCUACGUUACCAAACACAUCUGAACCAGAUGGACGAACUAUCCUUAUUAUUGUUGUGUCUAUAAUAGGUGUGCUGGUUCUAAUGUGUAUCAUACCUCUUGUCGUGUGGUGGUGUCAUAUAAAACAACGGAAAAGCUUCUACAAGUUGCCAUCAUUAGAAAUGAAAUGAAAUUAGGUUUAACGUCCUACUGUUCUGCUCCGAGUGGGCUAACGUUGAUGGUGUCAUCGUUUGAAUCAAAUCAUCGAAGUCGAAAUGUGCCAGUUGCUCUUGUAUUGUUUCAACAUGUUGCAGUUUUGUGUGUAUAUAGUUUCUUUAGAUUUUAAAUACGGGUGCCGUCUUGGGGUAGGCAAUAAACAGGACAUUACAUGAAAUGGAGUUUAACGACCUACUUUUCUGCACCGACUGGGCUAAUGAAGACGGACAUACGCCGUGCACUCUGCUGUAAGGAAUUAUUUUCCGACCAGUGGUGGUUCCAUCUUCAUCGUAUUUUAUUAUUUUAAUGGAUUUUAAUCCCCCCAUUUUAUGGUAUCUUACUGUAUUUCAUAUUCUUUUAUAUAUUUUCCUAAUCACAUGUGUCCAAUAUUCUUUGUUUUACAAUUUAACAUGCAUAAGAGAUAAAUCUGCCUGAAAGAUCAUAUAAACUAUUAAUUAGACAUUUAUUAACAUGAAAAGACCUUAAUCAACUCUCGAUGACAUCUUAUCUGUUCGAUUUUCAUUAGAUUUGAAUCCGAUCUGCUGUUCAACGUCCCUUGAUGAAUAAACACGAAAGUGAACAUUGGGGACUUUAAUUUGUUAAUUAUCGCGACAGCGCUAACUAUAACAACCGUGGCUACAAAAAUUUAAAAAUGAGGUUUUCUCGGCUUAGAGUGAAGCAAUUUAAAUGAAAUUUUCAGAAUAAACCCUUCAUCUAGUUUUUAACCAUUAUAAUGAGAACUGCCAACUCGUUAUCGACUCUUUCAUAAUGUAUCUUAUAACUUGUAAUUAACGUCUACGGGCUAAACCCUUUUAGUUGCCAUAUUAUUUGACUGUAAAGAGGGAUUGAUUAUGGGAUCAAUGCCAUAGGUAACGCGUCUUCAGCCAGUUAAAAUAAGAGUUCAAGAAACGUAUUACAGAUAGAAACCUGAGCUUUGAAGUUAAAUGAUGACGUCAGCAUAAAAUUAUCAAAAACAUGACUUCUUGGAAGGAGUUAACUGAUAUAUAAUUAUAUUCACAAAGCCGAUAGGAAAUGAUGUUAUUAUAGAUUGGAUUCUAAUAUGAUAUAUAAUUGUAUAUUCACAAAGAAGGAAAUGAUGAUAUUAUAAAGGAUUAGUAUAUGUUAUAUAAUUGUAUAUUCACAAAGAAGAUAAAUAUGACUUUAUUGUAAACAUCCACUUCUUCCGUUACAUUUACUAUAAGCAUAUUAGAAACCUGACCAAUUGUUCUCUUAUUCUUAUAAUUAUUAGUAUUGUGUAUUUUCAUUUAAAAAUUUUAUUUGAUAAUUAAAGAUACUU